UUUGCAUUGGCAACACUGCACAUAACGUAUAACGUCCAUAACCAAUAUUUGAGGCUUUUCGCUUUUAUGAGAAUAAUUGAGAAUUGAAUAUUGAAUUGAGAUUGAUGAUUGAGACUAUUGAGAGCGUGACCAGAGCAGAAGCAGAGAGAGAGCAUAGAUAAAGAAUGUGAUAGUGAUAGGAUGUAUGAUGUCUCCCAUACAUAUCAUAUCACUGGAAUAAACCUAACCCAUUUGAAGAAAACAAAUAAAUUGAAAAAGAUUAUCACCGAGAGAACAAUAUGGAAUUAUGGAGGUACUAAAUAAACAUUCAUCCCACGAAGACAAUGACAUGAAUCCAAUUGCCGAAGGAAAAUUUGUGGACAAACAUUUGAAAACACACACUGGAAAAAAGUCUCACAAGUGUGAAAUUUGUUUUAAGCAGUUUAAUCAAGCAAGUCAUUUGAAAGUACAUUUGAGAGUGCACACUGGAGAAAAUCCUCACAAGUGUGAAAUUUGUUUUAAGCAAUUUAAUCAAACAAGCCAUUUAAAAAGACACUCGAGAGUGCAUUCUGGAGAAAAGCCUUAUAAGUGUGAAAUUUGUUUUAAGCAGUUUAUUCAAGCAAGUAAUUUGAAAUUACAUUUGAGAGUGCACUCUGAAGAAAAACCGUAUAAGUGUGAAAUUUGUUUUAAACAAUUUAGUCAAGCAGGAUCUUUGAAAAAGCAUUUAAGGGUACACACUGGCGAAAAAUCUCACAAGUGUGAAAUUUGUUGUAAGCAGUUUAACCAAGACAUUCAUUUGAAAGUACAUUUGAGAGUACACACUGGAGAAAAACCUCACAAGUGUGAAAUUUGUUUUAAGCAAUUUAAUCAAACAAGCAUUUUGAAAAGACACUUGAGAGUGCAUUCUGGAGAAAAGCCUUAUAAGUGUGAAAUUUGUUUUAAGCAGUUUAUUCAAGCAAGUAAUUUGAAAUUACAUUUGAGAGUGCACUCUGAAGAAAAACCGUAUAAGUGUGAAAUUUGUUUUAAGCAAUUUAAUCAAACAAGUCAUUUGAAAUUACACUUGAGAGUGCACACUGGAGAAAAACCUCACAAGUGUGAAAUUUGUUUUAAGCAAUUUCCCCGAACAGAUACUUUGAACAAUCAUUCGAAAGUACAUACUGUGGAAAAACCUCUUAAGUGUGAAAUUUGUUUUAAACAAUUUAGUGAAGCAUUUCAUUUGAAAACACAUUUGAGAUCGCACACUGAAGAAAGAUCUUAUCAGUGUGACAUUUGUUUUAAACAGUUUACUACAUCAAGUAGUUUGAAAAAGCAUUUGAAAGUGCACACUGGAGUACGACUUUACAAAUGUGAGAUUUGUUUUAAGCAAUUUUUUCAAACAAGUACUUUAAAAAAUCAUUCGAAAACACACGCUAGAGAAAAACUUUACGAAUGUGAAAUUUGUUUGGAGGAAUUUCGCGAACGACGUAAUUUGAAAACACAUUUGAGAGUGCACUCUAAAUAAAGUCAUGACGUUUGUUUUACCAGUGGUUUCCAAACUUUUUGUACCUGUGCCCCCUUUAAAAAAAAUAAAAUUGUUGCGCCCCCUUAAUUUGUCAUAAAACGAUCUAAUUUCACAAAUACUCAACUCAAUCUUUAAACAUCUGCUUUAAUGUGCUGUCACUAGAUAAGUCAAUUAUCAUUUCCUGCUCUCCUUUUGUAAGGCCAAAUUAUCAUAUUUUUCAAUCACAAACGGGUUUCUAUCCAGCAAACAGACCGACGUGUUAAUAACCUGAAUUUUGGGUACAUUUGUCACCAAUAUACGUAAAUUGCUUACGUGAAUUUCACGUGAAAAAUUGGUUGGAAUGUCACAUUGAAAAUACGUCUUUAAAUUACGUAAUAACUCGUCUUCAAUAGACGUGUUAUUUACCUUAAAUAGCAAUAAAAUGAUUCGGGAAAUUCACAUUGCAAAUACGUGUUGAUUAACGUAGCUUUUGGGGAACGUAUGUAUUAGUUUUCACGUGAAAGAUACGUCCUCGGUUCACGUAAAUAAUUCGACCUUAAUUAACUUAUGAAUCACGUAAUUAUUAUCCUCAUAUAAUAUAAAUAAAACAAGCAUAUAAAGCAUUAAUAAUGUAUUUAUUUAGUAGAAUUUAGAGACUUUAAAACAUUUGUCUUGUAUAAUUAUUAUGCAAGAUAAUGCACCAAAAAUGGUACCGACCUAAAGACACAUUAAACAAUAUGCCAAUACAACACUGGUCACUUUUUAUUUCGAACAGGACACUUUCUUGUUUUUUUUUUCUAAUUGCACCAUCGACACUUCAACCCUCGAGCAGUGAGGUAAACGUUAAUACGAAAGACAUUAUUAUAAAUCAACCCGCCUAAAAUGAUUCGAGGGAAAGAAAGCUCAAAGCUCUUUACGUUUCACUUUUUGUUGUGAGAAAAGAGAAAUGUAAGAAGCUGAUAUUAGAGGUUAUGAUCAUCGAUUAUAAAAAUCGAUUAUUUUUAAAAUACAGUUAAACUAUUCUACUUUAAAUUAGUAUUACAUAUUUUCCUUUUGUUUUUAAACUUCUUCUACUAUUAACUAAUUGGUCUUACUAAAAAUCCAUUUCAAUACCAGAAUAAUAUAAAAAAAAAAUCCUAUCAAAACGUAUCUAUUAUUCGAUAAAUCGAUUAAUUUAGUUUUCGAACCAACUAUGUUAGUCACGUACUGUGAUCACGUGAUGGUAUUUAAAUGAGGAGAAAGGCUUGGUAGUACGUCAUCACCGCGCGCCAUUUGAAAAUUAGACUCAACAUCAUUUUAGCUCCUGUGAUAUUUUUAAAGAAAAAAAUAGCAAAAAUAGCUUCAAAUCAAGGUUGGAUUGAAAUAUGUAGUUAUGCUAAAUGAUUUUAAAAGCGAAAUCAUAAACUUUUUGAUUGGUACUAUUCAAGCAAUCUAUAUAGUGUAAUAGGUAAGAUUUGUAGCUUUGGGUAGUUCUUCUUUAAGCUAUGAUAGGCCGACAGCUGGUUUUUUCUGGUAAUUAAAUAUGUAGUUAAGAAUAUUUAUUUAUACUUAGGUAAAUACCGUUAAAGCAGAACAUAACAUCGUAUGUGUUAAAAUUAAUUUUAUCAAUUUUUUAAUUACAUUUAACCUCACAGGGACCCUCCCUCUUACCGCAUGCUUGCAUUAAUAACUUAUGUAGAAUAGCUUUUAUAAUUAAUCUUGUUAUUGUUAGAAUUAUUGACACUAAAAGAACUUUAUAAAAACACAGUUAGAUCUAAAAUUACUUUAGGCAUACUUCAAAACUUUUAAAAUUCAGCACAAAAUGCAAGCAUGUCCCCGUUCUUUUUUAUUUAUUAAAAAUCCAAAAUCUAAAUUUUUUUUUAACCGAGUCUUUUCAUUACUACACUUAUGCUUGGAAAAUGAAUUGCACAACAACAACAAUUAAAAUACUGAUACACUUAACUCAUUUUCUCCUUCUUCCGUAUUUUCUUCGUCACUAUCAUCGCCCAAUUCAAUAAUAAAUUUAUUUCCACCAUUAAUGUGGAAGUGCCCAAUCUUCUUAUAAUAUUCUUCCACUUUGAUCACUUUGGCGAUUCUUUUCUGCCAGUCUACUUUGGUAAUAUUGGCUACUUGUUUUUUAAUUAUCUCAAUUACCUUUUUGUCAAAUUUAGGAAAUGUAUUUGAACGCCUUAUACUUGGUUUGAAUUGUCCCCAAAUUAACUCAAUAGGAUUGAAAACACAAAAAUAGGGGGAAGUCUCAAUAUAGUGUGUUCAUGCUUUUUCGGCAAUACUCUCUAGAGCGUAUAAUUUUCUAAAUUUCUUCGUGUUUAGAACUUCAAUAAGUUGUUUUUUUUGUGUAAAAAUCUUCGAAAUACAAAUCAUUUUCCAUUAAAAAAUUUUGCAGGUCAGCUUAUUCUUUGAAGAUGUAUUUGGUACUUUGGUGAGCUGUCGGGAAUGAUAGGAAGCGUUGUCAAGCACUAUUACGCUGUUUUUCUCCAAGUUUGGGAUCAGCGAGUUUUCAAACCAAUCUUCAAAAAUGUCAGCUUCCAUAUUCUUGUGGUAGUCAACGUUACAAUCUUCCAUUUUCUUCCCACAUAAUAUUAAAGCAUUCGGAACCCAUCCUUCACUUCCUCCGAAAUGUACAAUAAUUGGCCGAGAGCCUUUAUUUGCAGACAUUUCUGGUAUGCACAUGCUUGAACCAUCUGUCCAUCCUUUCUUUACUGUAUCGUGGGUAUCAUACCAAGUUUCAUCUAAAUAAUAAAUUCUCCUAUUUUCUUGCCUAUAUUGAGUAAUUUCUUCUAGGUACAUAUUACGUCUGUUGACUAUUCUUUGGCUUUCCAUAGUUAUUGCUUGACGUUUAUUUAUUUUUUUUUUAUUUCAAGCCCAUUUUUUUUAUCCAGUUUUAAAGAGUUUUCUCACAGCAGUUCAUAUUUCGACCGGUUGUUUCCAAUUUCUUAUUGUUUCUAUUGUAGGUAUUUCAUUGCUUUUGUAGCAGUCGUAUAUUGUGGUUUUCAAUAGUCUUACAAGUAACGGAUUUAAAGGUUUUGAAAAUUUGUAGUCACAUCGUUUCUUGCGACGAUACGGUUCAUUUUUAACUAUUUUAUAUACAGUAGAAAGUGAAAUUUCUGUUAAACCAGAGGUGGCUUGUGCCAAUAGUGUUUCAUCGAAGCCGAAUUUCGUACGUAGAUUUUUGUAUACAUUCAAACAUACUUGCUGUGUUUCAGCAUUUAAAUGCAUUCGAAUCUUCUUUACGGGCACUUUUUUUUAGUAAUUACAUUCACACUAGCACUGGCAAUUUCUACAAUAUCAGCGUUAUCGUACACUUCGCGUCAUAUAAAACUGGUACACUUUUUUUCCCAAUGUAAACCUGUGUUCAGACUGACAAUUAUUGUUCGUGAAUCACUUCGUUGUUGCCAUCACAGAUAACGGAAUUGCACUAAAUCUAAAUACAAAAAAUAACGUUUAAAAUGUGUAUUUCGAAUUGUAAUACAUAUAUUUAAAUUACACACUUGUUCACUGUAAAAAUUAUUAAUUUUGUAUUAAUUUCAAAUUAAAUUUUUAAUUUUUCCAGUGUGUUUUAUUUAUUCUACACAACUUAAUGCAGUUUUGUCCUACAAUUUACGAGAAACCAAUCACACCUCUCGACUUGACAUUAAACAUAAUAAUUUAAAGUCAUGUCAAGAUUUAUUAUCUAUAAUUAUUUUUGAAUUGAAAUAUUUUCAUAAAUUAUAAUAAAACACGAAUCAAUGUAUGGAUACUUAAUUGAGAUGACGGAAAAUUACAAUUGUUUUAGUUUUUAGUAGGUAUAUUAAAAAAUGCGAUCUGUCGCACAGACCCGUUUUUACCUAGUUUGAUAUAUUUUCGUUGAACUGGCAACGUUGCCCUAGAAAUUGGAAUGACACUUAUGACAAGAUCAACUUACACAACUUGAAAAACACGAUUUUCGGUUAUAAGAGUUGUACCAGUUUUUUUUUUGACGCGAAGUGUACGCGAUAUUUACAUUAUCCUACGGGCGCGACAUCACUAUUCACAUAAAUAAAUUACAAUAAUCAACACUUUACACUCUCCAAACGAAAUACUGAACCAAUAUUCAAAAUAAUUACAGCAAACAAAACACUCGAAUCACUUAACACACGUACACUCCAGUACUAAUACACUGCUAGCUACCGAACUAAAACUACUAUCGUUUUGCACGAAACUUGUGUAUAGAUGGGAGGUCUGGGCGUAAAAACACAGAUGGGUUCAAAGGGCCGCUUCUUAAACGUUUGACCUAAUAUCUUUAUUUGAAGAAUAUCAUAUUUCACCGGCUUAAAGCUAUUCCACAAUAUGUUUUACUUGGACAAUAUUAUUUACAUUACCUUUACGUGAAAUUCAUCUAAUUUUUUGACGUCCAUAAAAUACAGUGAGUAAAAUUCAAGCGAUACAUAUUUAACCGUGGUAAAAAUUUGUUUUUCAAAAUAUUUCUUAAAAUUUAACCAAAGGAUCAAAGGAAGUUAUUUCUGUUUCGUGAUUAUUACGUGAAAUAAACGUACCUUUGCGAUGUAACCGACAUUUACACCUAUUAUAGAAAACAUGUAGUAUAUUCGUCAUUAUGAUUUUAUAUUAUUCUAAUGUCAAACAUGUAUAAAGGAAGUACUAAUAUAUAGGUGAAUGAUUUGGCACUGAAAUACGUUUUUCCCCGUCAUAAAUCACCGAGUUACGUAUUUGUUGUGCCGUAAAUUUAACGUAAUCAUCACGAAACUGGGCUCAAGUUUGUUUGCUGCGGUACCGUUGUAAAAAAAUGUUUCCAAAAUAUUUCUCAAGAUUUAACCAAAGGAAGUUAUUUCUGUUUCGUGAUUAUUACGUGAAAUAAAAGUACCUUUGCGAUGUAACCGUCAUUCACACCUAUUAUAAAAAACAUGUAGUAUAUUCAUCAUUAUGAUUUAAUAUUAUUCUAAUGUCAAACAUGUAUCAAGAAAGUACUAAUAUAUAGGUGAAUGAUUUGGCACUGAAAUACGUUUUUUCCCGUCAUAAAUCACCGAGUUACGUAUUCGUUGAAAUUUGCCGUAAAUUUAACGUAAUCAUGACGUAACUGGGCUCAAGUCUGUUUGCUGGGUAAUCUAUUCAUAUGUGGACAUGCCAAAAUCUUUAAAGUAAAAUGAGAAUAGGAAACUUGGAUAAAAUUUUACAUUCGAAAAAAAUGUUAUAAAUCGCAACAGAACAUAAUUUAUAACAUGUAUCAAAGAUAAAAAAGUUGAUUUUGUGUUCCGUUUAGUUCCGUAAAGACGAUUCUAAAUUCAAAUUAAAGCAGCUAGCAGAAAACGCGUCGUGAAGUCAUAAGGUUGAUGUUUACAUUCUGCACCAACAAAGUAAACAAAAUUGUAUAUAAUUUUAAAUUAGACAUUAUAAACGUCAGUAGAAAAUACAGUUAUGUUACGUCUUAAGUGUUUUUGAUCGUUUGAACAAUUCAUAGAAAACUUGUACUUUUACAAAA